GCAGCGCUUCCUGGUUACGGUAAAGCUAAGCUAACAGCUAGUUCGCUCCUCUCUGGUUGUCGGUGUUCCUCCUCCGCUCAGCGGCGUUCCGCCUCAGUGUCUUUCCCGCGGCUUCAGUCAGUGACAGACGGACGCUCACAUCAGACUUUCGCCGUUAAUCGUCCGGGAUGUCUUUCCUGGAGAAGCCGUCCCCCGGCAAGCUACUGCUGGACGACACCGUGCCCCUGACGGCGGUGAUCGAAGCCAGCCAGAACCUGCAGUCCCACACGGAGUACAUCAUCCGAGUCCAGAGGGGCGUGUCUUCAGAGAAUAGCUGGCAGGUGAUUCGGCGUUACAGUGACUUUGAUGUUCUCAACAGCAGCCUGAUGGUGUGUGGCAUCAGUCUCCCUCUUCCUCCCAAGAAGCUAAUUGGAAACAUGGACAGGGAGUUCAUAGCAGAGAGGCAGAGAGGACUGCAGACCUAUCUGGACUCAAUUACCCAGCAUCCCAUGCUUUGCAGCUCCCUGACUGUCAAGAAGUUCCUGGACCCCAACAACUACUCUGCCAAUUACACAGAGAUCGCCCUACAGCAGGUCUCCAUGUUCUUCAGGUCGGACCCAAAGUGGGAGGUCCUGGAGCCUCUCAGAGACAUCGGCUGGAGGAUCAGGAAGAAAUAUUUUUUAAUCAAAAACAAAGAGCAGCCCAAGGAGAGGUAUCUGCUGAGCUGGGUGGACCUGGGUCCUGAUAAGUUCCUGUCUGACAAAGACCUGCAGUCAGCCAUGAAGCUGCUAACCAGCCUCUCUGUACGUACACACUGUACUCCAUAUCUCUGUCCGCUGUUGUUCUCCAGCACCAGUGAGUCUUCAACUCUGCUCAUCCGGCCGUUCAGUGAGAGAGGCUCUCUGAGAGACCACAUCUGUAAGGUGAAGCCCAGAGAGAGUUACCUGAAGAAGUACUGUAACCCGAAGAAGAGUCAGGGCCUCGAACUGCAGCACAUCAAAUUAUACGGCCGUCAGAUCUUGGAGGGCCUGAAGCUGCUCCAUGAUGGCGGUUUAUUUUUCGGUCACCUGCAUGCAUCCAACGUAAUUGUGGAUGAUGACGUGUGUCGGCUGAUGGACGUAGAGAACGGCAUGCUGGGAGUUCCCUCAGCGCUGCGACCCGCCUUCACCCAGCUCAGGAAGAUCAACUCCACAGACAGCAUCGACGUCUUCUGCUUUGGACAUUUACUGUAUGAGAUGACGUACGGCCGACCGCCAGACAGCGUCCCCGUAGAUCAAUACCCCGCUAUCCCCUACACCGCUGUGGUGUCAGUGCUGCAGUCCAUUCUGUCCACAGAAGCCUGUAAGAGCGGGAUGCCAACAGUCUCGGAGCUCAUUCAGACAUCGCUGUUCAGUGACGUCCAUCUCCAACACUCAGAAAAACUCCAGAUCAAGGUUCCCAGCAGGCUAAAAGAGGCGCUGAAGACGGCAAAGGAGAGUCUGGAGAAAAGGCUGCAGGAGGAGCAGAGAGUGCUCCACCAGCACAGGAGACUGACCAGAGCUCAGUCUCAUCACGGCUCAGAGGAGGAGAAGAAGAGGAGGAAGAUUCUGGCGAGGAAGAAGUCCAGACAGUCGGCUUAUGAAAAUGAAGAAGACGUCUCUGUCAGAAACAACAAUAACUCUGGUUCUGGAGCCAGUUCCCCUCCCACAUGCCCCUCCUCCCCCACCCCCCCAUCCACCACAGGAGCCCAGACUGCUCCUCCCCCUCCACCUCCUCCUCCUCCUCUCCCUCCUACGCUGGACUCCUCCUCCUGUCCUCCUCUGUCCUCCUCUGACGGAGCGGGAGGAGGUCGCACCGCCUUGCUGAGCUCCAUCCAGACCUUCAGUAAGGGCAAACUGAAGAAGGCCGAGACCAUCGACCGCAGCAAACCCAUCAUCUGACCCCGCCCGCCACCACAACCUGUCCUCGACCAGGAAACCGUCACUACAGCGACAUGACCAACCCGCUGGUUCUGAACUGUGGUCUGGACUGGUUCACGUCGUCGCUCCCUAAGAUGUGAAAACAAAUCACUAACAAAAAAAAUCCAAGUACCAUUUUAGUUUUUAUUGCUAUUUCUGCUUUUAAAUUUUUAUUAUCUGUUGCUGUGGUUAGAGAGAGUAGAGGACGGGCGGGUGAAAAUGGCCGCCUCAGUCUGCCCUUUCUAAAAACCCUGGACAAUCCAAGGCACCUGAAGGUUUGUCUUCUCUGACUGCUUUGUCAGUAGCAGACAGCACCAGGCUCCAGAGAAAAAAAGUUGGUAAACUCAAUCUGAGUCUGGUGAGCUUUUCUGGUUGACCUGCUGCUUCAGCCGGCAGCCAACUGGCUUCUUUUCUGCUCUUCAGCUUGUAAAAGUGGCGGUUGAACGUUUGGAAUUUGAACUUUUUGAGCCACUGUGGACGCUUCAUCCCGCUGGGUGAUGAAGCUGAAUUUCCUGGAUCCAAAACUCUCAUCAUCAGUGCUCUGACACUGUCAUGGCGCUGUACUGGUCCUGAUCCCGGAGCAGCAGAGAAACUGGCCCAAACUCCAGCUUUCCCUCUUCGAAAUCAUCUCUGAUGACAUUUAGCCUCCAGACUCUACUGAGACUGUUUCACUGCAGGACGUCAGUGACGACUCCAGAAAAUCAAUAGAGCUACAUUGCAAACAAUCGCCAUCGUCAUGUCAUUUCUGUUUAUAAUUAAGUCCCAAAAACAUAAUUUUUCUUAGUGAAAAAAUCUUCCCAGUGCAGAAUAUUUUAAUAGAAAUCAAAUUCUCAUGGAACUUGACAUUAGAAGAUAUUUACAUUUAAGUUGUUUUGCAUUUAUUUGAAACAAGUUGAAAAUUCUUAGCAAACUUGCAGAUUUAUUUUCACUAAGACUCAAAUUACAGACAAAAAUGACUUGAUAAGAAAGAUGUUUGUUGCAAUGUGUCUGUCUGAAACGACACAAACCUUAACCACAGUCAUGGUGGGUUCACACCUGCGGUUGGUUUUGUUUGGUCUGAACCAGAGGGGAGAGAUUAACUAAUUGCACAAAAUGAAGCAAUGAAUGAGAGAACCUUAGUUAAAACCAUGACAAGGAGACUCAGCUGUGAUCAUCUCAGUUAAGAACACAAAGAAAUAUCUGAAUUCUUCAGUCCAGACUCCACUUUGUUCUGUUCAGCUCUGUAAGCAUGAGGCGUCCUGAUUGGUCAGUUGUAGAUUCAUGCUGAACAACUUAACGGCUGUUUCAGACCAAACACACAAGAGCGAAUAGUUUGCACGAGGUAGAGCGCAAAAUGAAGAGCAGCACAUAAUCCUACAAAGCAGCUAUCCGCGAUGCUACAAACUACAACAAGUGUGUUUCCAUCCAGCAGUUUUUUGCGCAUAAAAAAGCUGAGUGGAAACGCCAAAAAUAAAAAAUAUUGCAAAAAAGUUUUUACACUUGGCUGAGGUGGAAAAGUUGGUGUGUAGAUAAAAACAUGAUGUACAUGUGACUUAAAAGUCACUCAAGCUUGACUAAUGGGAUGUAAACAAUGACAAUAUAACUUUUCUUACGUGGUAUCCUCAUCCCUUUUCACUCGGUCCCGGUAGGACUGCAGAGUAAGAUUACAAAACUGCUGGAAUUCAGAGAUGCACAAAGUUUACUUUUCCAGUGAAAUUAUCGCCAUCAUACUGUAACUUCUGCCUCACAUCAAUAAGAGAAUAGCAUUGGACGUGUCUUGUUCAGUUUAGUUGAACUUUGGCUGCUAAACGUGGCAGAAAAUAAGCGUAGGGUGUGCCACUAUGGCUAGUGCAGCUGCUCUCUCCAUUGGAAAUAAUGGCCUUGCUCUAAGUCAAACUUGCACUUUUGGUGUGAAAGCCUGUAAGAGAUACUGGUCAGACGUCCGUACUGUCCCAGAUCAGAGCAACAUGGAUCCACAGCGACGAGCUGCUCAGCUCUGAUUGUAUUUAGGGUCUGAAAUUAAUCUGAAAUUUUAAAAAAAAUCCACCAGCUACUGUGGCAGGAGAUUAAAAAAAACAUCAUUAACAACAUGUAAGAUUUUGAUGAUUUUGCUUCUUUGCACCAGAAUAAAACCUUAUUAUUCCACAUGCGAGACCCAUACUGCCGCUGUGGCAUGUUGGCCCAUUAACCUCACAUAUACUCAACUUCACUGCUGAUCAUUUUCAAAAUGAUCCACCAGUUUUUAGAUUUCCUUCUGUCCUGGCAGCCAUUGGUUUCAUUAAUUUCUCUGAAAAUCAACUUGCAGAGAUUUGAAACUUGCUACAGAGAGAAAAUCCAUCACAGUCAACAUGCAGAUUUUGUCAAAGUUACUUUAUAGUCGUGUGGUAAUUUAAAGUUGCUUGCAGGAACUGUAUCAAACAGUCGUUGUACUAGUUGUAAUCGACUGCACAUCAGAGAUUAGAGACCUGCCUGUUGAAGAGCUACUUUUCGUGAUGCAACAAAUGACCAACUUCAAAAAAUAAAACAAAGAAGCCGUUUCACCCCUCUCCCACCAACCAGCUAGUCAAGGCAUCAGCCCAAACUGAUGUUUGAUCAGAUUAGAUGUUGAGUCUCUAUAAAUGCAUCAAGGAAUGAUUUUUAAAGAGACCCUGCUCACAAGUGCAGUAUAAUGUGACGAUAACGUAAUUUACAUUAAAUAAAAUAAACAAUGUAGGCAAAUAAAUGGAUCUCUCCACAGCAAGUUUCACACUUUUCAUAGAAAUUACCUGAAGUCAUUUGUGGCCUGGAAAGAAGGAAAUUGGUAAUAUCUUUGGAUGUUUGCCCUUCACAGCUAAAGUCACAUCUGCAGACAUAAAAGUACAAGUUAUUAUACUAAACAGGGUUGGGGUUAGUAGUAACACUGGUGACUUUAACAUUGUUACCCUCCACAGAGCUCAGUUUACCUUCAUUUGACAGCCGUUGAGGGUUAAUUUCAGACCCUUAUUGUGUUGAUUCUUGUUAUUUUUAAGUGUUUUGCUUCUGUUUUAAUUCUGUUGUAUUUUAAUGUUUGUCGUCGUCACAGAGCUGAGAUUCCUUUAUUUUAUUGUGCCAUAUGGAUUCUUGUGCCUAUAUGGAAAUCUGAAUGUUUCUUUUGUUAAAAUAUUGUAUGUGACAGUAACAUAUCAUAAAGCUCUGUCUGAUGAGGAUAACGCUUUAGCACACAGGAUGUUAUUACAUGAUUAUUGGCAUUAGAGUUUGGGCAGAUCGGAGCAACGUCCCUAAAUGAGCAACUAAUGAUUAUUUUCAUUAUCGCUUUCGUCUAUAAAAUGUCAGAAAAUAGUGAAAAAUGUCUAUCACCGUUUUCCAGAACCCAAGGUGAUGUCUUCACAUGUCUUGUUUUGUCUGAGCUACAGUCCAAAACCCAAUGAUAUUCAGUUUACACUGAUAUAAAACAAACUAAAGCAGCAUGUUUGGAAUCUUUGCUUAAGAAGUGACUUUAAACGACUAAUCGCUUAUCAGAAUCAAUUAAUCAACUAAUUGUUUUAGCAAUAAAAAUAUCCCAUGUGGUAUGACUGAAAAUCAAAAUCUAGCCUAAAAGUUAAAGUGGGAUUAAAUGUCAGAUUCUUGGUUUUGGAAAGAAAAUGGGUGAUUUAGAUCCGACUCUGUCCGACUGUCUAUCUUCCUCAGUAGAUUGAGUUUUGCCCAGUUGUCAUGGAAUUACACGUUCAAAUUUCCAUUUUUCUGAGCUCUUUUUACGGACUUCUCAUCCAUGGUGGAAAAUAUUCAAUGACAACUCUGCAACUGCAUACGCUGAGGAAGGUGGUGUGAUACAAUCGAAAGCUCCAGAACACCUACUAAAUGGACCUUUUUGUGAGUUUGUUUUGUCAACUUCUGCUUCCAAGGUCAAGAAUGAACUUUCAAUCUCGAACAUGUACUGGAUUCAAAGUGAAGCUGCAGUUACGACUCUUUAGCUUCCACAAUGUUUCAUUAUGAGAGGGAUUUGAUCCGAUUGCUUAAAGGAACAGUUCGACAUUUUGGGGAAACGCACUUAUUCUCUUUGUAGGACUGUAACAUGAGAAGAUCGAUAUCAGUCAUAUGUCUGUCCGUUAAAUGUGAAGCUACAGCCAGCAGCCGCUUAGCACAGAAUGAAAACUGGAAACGGGCAAACAGCUAGACUAGCUCAGUCUGAAGAUAACAGACUCCGCCUACCAGCACCUCUGGGCUCACAAAUUUUUGUAUGGAUUAAACGAACGACAUAUAACAUGUAAAUUAGUGAAUGAGAGGUGCUUGUAGGCAGACUUUAUUACCGUUAGAUAGAGGCGGGCUUUCUGUUUCCUCCUGUUUCAGUCUUUGUGCUAAGCUAAGCUAACCGGCUUCUCGCUGUAGCCUUAUAUUUAACGGACAGAUGUGUGUGAGUGGUAACGAUCAUCUCCUCUAACUCUCUGCCCAAAAGCAAAUAAGCAUAUUUCCCAAAAUGUCGAAUUAUUCUUUUAAAAGUGGGUGUGACUAUGGACUCUCAGGGUAGAAGCACCACAAGGCCGCCAGGAUCUACGACUGAUCUGCACAGUGAAUUUUUUUUAUUUCACUGUGUCUCAGUUCUCAUUUCUUCACCUUUUACGUUAAUCCUACUCACCUGUGAUUACCUGACAUACUGUGUGCUCAAGUGUGGCGGACAGAGCUGCGAUUGGAGCAGAUUUUGUUGUGAAUCUGAUCACAACAAUCCAAGUUUUAGCACUCAGAGUGUUUGUUUUAAAUGACUGCUCUAUGUUGAAAUCAUUUGUUUUUAUUAUUCAGUGCAAUCCGGUCCAAUGCGAUGGUCUUCGCGUUUUGAAUGGUCAUUAAAUUGUAUCAGUAUAUUUCUCUGCAGCACUUUACCCAGAGGUGUGUUUGUGAAAACAAUUUGCGGAAUAAAUUCAGAGUCCCAGAGACGGCGCUGGAUUACAUGUAAAUUGGUAUGAAAAACCACUCUGCAAUGUCUAGGUCAUUUACAGUUACAGAUGCAUCAAAUGUUUUGUCACAAUGUCGCCUUUAGAUGAAAAUAUCUUUUCUACAUUUAAUGCAGCUGCAGAAUGACCCUCCUCAUCAUCAAUAUUGAAAUAAAAAAUCUACCAAGCCUGCUGUGAUGAAAUGAUAACUAUCAACCGAAUGUACAUUUGAUUAAAAAAUGGUUCAGGAA